CCGAAACUACCAUGAGUUAAACUCAACCCUUCAAUCCAAGCUUUUUGCGCACAACUCUAAUCUGUCCGACCUUAAGCAAAUGCACAGCGAUCUCCGUCACCAUUUCUGUGAAUUAUUGACCAGCAGGAGAGAACAAACGUGUUGCAAGGACUGGAUCACAAAUAAAGACCGGUGUUAUUUCGUUUCCACGUUUGAAACAUCUUUCCGCAGAGCGAUGCAAGAAUGUUCAAACCGUGAUUCAAGGCUGUUGGAAAUCAAUUCAAGGGAUGAAGCGAGCUUUGUAUCCCACAAUCUUCUGGACAGCAAACCUGUUUACUGGAUUGGAAAAUGUGAAAACGGGAAUGUGCACCGGAGUCUCCUGUUCAAGGCGUCCUCCGGAACGCGCGUCUGCAGACAGUGCGGAAGCAGUAACACUUGUGAUGGUGAUUGGCGUUUCAUCUGUGAGAGGUCGGCCCCAGUGUUCCCGGAUAUUCCUGAAAAGAUCCAGCGUCUUUGCCAACAGCCAGUGGAGUCGACAUGAAUCAAGUGACGACCCCCAUUUUCUCCUCCUUCUCUCCCCUUCUCUCUCACUCUUAAAUCCUAUCAAGUUCCCGCCCCAAACUCUCUGCCCCUCCCUCCUACUCCAUUUCCUCUUGUUGCAACCACAUUCUCCCCACCAGACACCGACAAAUCCCUCUCGCCGUCUAUCCCCUUCUUUCUCGCCAUUCCCACGUCCCGCUAUUCCCAACUCCCUCUACAUUUCUCUCUACCACCUCACUU